CGAGAAGGCGCGGGCAGGAGCGCGUCCCGUCCCCGGAGCAGUCCCGGCGCGGGCCGCAGGGUGGUGCUCCUGGCCAAGGCGGCGCCGAGCGGCUGCGGGCGGGGAGAGGCCGAGCCCAGCGCAGCGCAGCCGGGAGGAGUCGAAGGAGAAAGAGAGAGCGAGCGGCAGAGAGAGAGGCAGUGAGCGGCAGAGAGCUAUUGUCUCUGCUAUCAACUCCGCGGCAGCCUCUGCCGGGCCAGGGCGGCCGCUCUCAAGGCUCCGUGCUCCGUCCGCAGUCGGCGAGAGGCAGCGAGGGAGGCAGGCAGGGAGGCCGCCCGGACGGAGGGUGUCCGCCGCCCCGGCAUGGCGGCUGCAAGGCAAGUGCUGUGGCUGUGGGCUUUGCUGGGCGCGGCGCGCGUUCGCUGCGAGCCCAUCCGCUACUCCGUGGCCGAGGAGGGCGAGAGCGGCUCGGUGGUGGCCGACGUGGCGGAGGACGCGGGGCUGGCCCCGGCGCAGCUGUGGGCUCCCAGGGCGCGCAUCGCCUCGCCGGCCGGCCGGCAGCACUUUCGCCUGGAGCGCGGCAGCGGCCGCCUCGUUCUCGCCGAGCGGCUCGAUCGGGAGGAGAUGUGCGGUCGCUCCCGCACCUGCACGCUCGCCUUCGAGCUGCUGCUCGCCGACCCGCUGCAGUUCUUUCCCAUUGAGGUGUCCGUGGAGGACAUCAAUGACCACUCGCCGGUCUUCCCGGACGAACGAGUCACUUUUAAGAUCCCUGAAACCAGCGACCCGGGCUCACGUUUUCCUGUGGAGCCUGCUCACGACCUGGACAUUGGCAGCAAUGACAUCCAGGCUUACAGCAUCGUUCCGGAGAAUGAGUUCUUCACUGUCUCAAAUCAGAAAUUGAAUGAGCAUGACGUACAGGUCCAUCUGGUUUUGCAGCAGCCUCUGGACAGAGAGGAGCAGGCAGAGAUGGAUUUCACUCUCAUUGCCGUAGAUGGGGGCUCUCCACCGAGGAGUGGUUCCACCCAAAUCCACAUCAUAGUUCUGGAUGCAAAUGACAAUGCUCCCAUCUUCACACAGGGUUUAUAUGCUGGGCAAAUAGCGGAAAAUACCCCAGAGGGCUCAUUAGUUCUCAGAGUAAUGGCCACAGAUGCCGAUGUUGGAACUAAUGGUGACAUUUCAUAUCAGUUCAGCCAUGCGGCAGGCCAGAGCCAAUCAGCGUUUACAAUCAACACCAAGAAUGGAGAAAUUCGAGUAAGGCAACCUCUGGAUUUUGAAGCUGUACAGAAACAUGAGCUGAGCAUACGGGCUUCAGAUGGUGGAGGACUCUCGGCUCUCUGUAAGGUGUUUGUGCAGGUGGUGGAUGUGAAUGACAAUGCACCAGAGAUCGUGGUCAGUUCCUUCAGCAGCCCCCUCCCUGAGAAUGUAGCACUUGGAACAGUGGUUGCACUGUUUGCUGUCAGGGACCAGGAUUCUGAUGUGAAUGGGCAGAUCAGCUCUCAGCUGGCAAACUGGGUCGUUGCUGAGUCCAGCAGGCAGCAAGAUGGCAGCACUCAUGGUGUUGGGACACACCGUAACACAUGGGUGUUCAAGGUUUUGUCUUGCCUGGGCCACACUGAGUGA